CCGUCACUCCACGGGGCGCGUCGCUGUGCGCGUCGCCAUUUUCCGCGAUGUGGUGUUGGUGGCGGCUGGUCCCGCUGUUCACGGCGGCGGUGCUCGUGGGGCCCCGCAAGAGCCCGUGUGCAUCUGACCAGUAUGAGCUGCACGGCCUCUGCUGCGACUACUGCCCGGCUGGCUUCUACGUCAGCAGAGUCUGUGACGUGGACCGAGUCACCGAGUGCAGCCCCUGUGAGCCUGGCUCCUACAUGGCGCACCGCAACCGGGAGACUGCGUGCCUGCCGUGUGCCGAGUGCCGGCAAAGAGAUCAGGAGCUGGUCUCGGACUGCACCAGAGACAGCAACCGGCGGUGCCAGUGCAAGACCGGGAGCUACUACUGCGACUCUGAGGACUGCACGGAGGCCUGCCACCGCUGCUCCAGGUGUGAUGGCCCCAUUCUGGAGACAUGUAAUGCUACACGGGACACCAUCUGUGCCACCGAGGGAAAUCCAGAGCCAGGGGACCCACCCAGAUCCCGUGCCGACUCCUCCUGCAUUUGGACAGUGGCGGUGGCCGUCAUCGUCGCCGUCGUCGCUGUCGCCGUUGCCGUCGCCUGCUGCAGAAGACGAGGUGUGCAGCUUCCCCACACGGUGGUUCGUUGGUUGAAACACGAGUCCAGGGACUCAGGUGGCCCCUCACAGGGAGGCACCCGGCCCGGGUUGAGUCUGCUGCCCAAGGAUGCAGAACACUGCCGGCCAGCCACCGGCGUGGACAGCAGACCGCUGCUGGAACACCAGGGCUUACCCAUGGCGCCCUCUGAGGACCCUGAGGCCAGGGUCGAGCUGCAGGAGGUGGUACCCGCAAGGAGCGGGGCCUCCCCGGAGCAGGCGCCGCAGGCGCAGGCUCCCGCAGCCCCCGGGGGCCCGGACCAGACUGAGGCAGCACUCCCCCUCCACACCCUGGAGCAGCAAUACGAACUAAAAUAUGUUUUGAAGGACGGGUCCCCUGAGGCCACGAACAGGAUCUACUUUGCAUUCGGGCAGGAGGUUCCCGAAUCUAGCUGGAGGAUGUUCAUGAGGUUCGCGGGACUGGAGGAGAACGACAUUGUCAUCUGUGAGCACGAGAACCCGGGGAACCUGGCGGAGCAGCACCACAGGAUGUUGCUGCGCUGGCAGAGCAAGCUGGGGCGCACCGCGUCCCCCUUCAGACUCAUGGCGGUCCUCUGUAAAAUGCAGCUACGGGAGUGUCUGGAGAAUAUUAUAAACAAGUUAGUUACAGAAAAUAUCUUGGGUAGUAAGGAUGCAGAGCCUCCAAACUAGAGUCAGCUUUUUCGGCAACGGCUGUGACUUAGCAGCAUCCUGGGUCCUGACCUUCCCCAGGCCCCUUCCCGUGGGCACCUUCACAGAUCCCAGAUGGAACGCAGCCCCUUCCUUGUCCAAGGAGCUUCUACGGGACGCUUCCGAUGGGGAGCUCCAUGCAAGCCGGGGGCCCCUCUGCCUGCAGCCCAUGUGCCUACAGGCUGCCCCUCAGGGGUCUCCGGGGGCCCUGAGCUGCUCAGGAACGGACCCACUGGCUAUACUCGGUGGGCCCACGUGCCGUGGUCUCCUUGUGGACACAGAGGCCAGGAGGGCUGGCUGGUUAUAGAGAACCUGUCCGCGUGCAAUGGCAGAUGUAGCUCAGCUCUGUGGGAAAGCCCGUAGGCGAGUGGCGGCACGCAGGCGCCAACCCCUCGGGUCGGUUCUCCUCAGGAAACCAGGCCCGCCUUGUACCUGGGCUGCUCUGUGACUUGCUCUUGCUGAGACUCCCUCACCCUGAGUUGGGGCAGCAAACGCUUACUGCUCAUCUUUAAAGCAGCUUCCUCAGUCUGUGCUAAGUCUCCCAAGGACUGAAGUGUAACCACACCUGUCACUUUUAUCUUUCCCUUGCAUUUGCAACAUUUUUUCCUUGUUAAUCUGUAAGAAGUAAUCAGUAACAUCCUUUCCAUUGCUGUCUGUAAAAAGUGAUUACCUAAAGCAAACCUAAGGAUAAUAAAUGAAAAUUUUCUUGAUGUAUGCUAUUGAAAAGCAAAUAAAAGCCUGUCAAGGCAAGGGUCGGGGCGCUCUCCUCUUGAGAGAGCAGCCGUGCCAUCCCUUUUCCUCCACAGGACUCGGUGGUCCCUGUGAAUUUGUCUCGUCUGGUCGACAACGAGCGGACACUGUGGGCCAGUGUCCACAUCAGCUUGUCCUGUGUGUGACCCCAGCAGCUCACUCCUUGGUCUCCCAGGCACUGCGAUGUGCGAUGCCUUCCAUCGGGAGCGCCAUACCAGGGUGACACUUAAGUCAGUCCAUGACAGGCAAACCAGCGGCCACUCCCAGCUGUCACUAGGUUAGCUGGGGUGGGAAAGGGGGACAGUUACUGUCACAUGCCAGCUGUACAGGCCUUUGUACAGGUCUUUACAUGUUUAAGCAUAUGUGCUUUUACUCCUUUAUUUAAGUGGUAAAAUUCCUCUUACAUAGUGUUUUCACAUGUGUGUAGAAAUUUUUUUCAUCCAGUAAAGUUUAUAUUCUUAA